AUGUUGGUGUACUUGGAACAUUGUGCUGACAACCCGUUACAACUUCCACUGUUGCAUGGAUUUCAUUGGGUUGCAACAACACAAAAAAAAUUCACGAAUUUAUACAUGGCCAUCAAGAAGAACUCACCGCCUACACCAUCAUCACCAGAAUCGGAUACCUCUGGCAAACAUUUCAAGUUGAGAAAGUUCGCUCAUUCCAGCUCCAAUGAUGAGACCAACAACAAACAGCAUCGCCCUGUACAAGUUAAUCCUCUCCAUGUCGAUUUAAUUGUGAAGGAAGUCGUCAAGAAAGAAAAUUGGAAGACGAAAUUGGAUGAUCUUUCCGAAAAGUGGGCACAUGAAUGUUUGGAUCAAAACAUUUCUGUGGCCAGUGUUGAAGUGGCUUUUGACAUUCUUCGGGAUAUUGAAUUUUUAGGAAGAGGUGUCAAACAUUGCUGUGGAUGUUGUGGAGCAAAUCCUGUUAAGCAACCCUACGAUGACGAGGAUGAACAAGAGGAUGAGGAAGUUGACGACGAGGAUAGAUUUGAUUAUUACUCGAGAUCUACCAAGUUUUGUGAAUGUCCUUGUUCACAUUGUGCUCUUGACUUCAAAGAGGCUCCAUCGUAUGCAUGUAAACGUUAUGAUGGCAUGAUUCCUGAAGAGUUGAAACAACAGUUGAAGAAAGAAAUUGACUCAUUGGUAGAGAACACUCCUGAUGACAAACUAGAUUGGCAUCCAGGUUCUAACCAUCAAGUGUUGGAUAUUAUCCAUCCUUCACUCUAUUGUUAUUCGAAGAAGUACAGUCAACUCGUUGAAGGCUCUCCCUUUAUUGAAAAAAACAAGCCAAAGGAGAAGAAGGAAACACCUCAAGUUUCUCGUUAUAGAAGCUUUUAUCCACCUCCUGAACCAGUGAUUAAUUACUUGUGGAUGCCAACCAAUUUCAAAAUUCAUCAUGACGCUGGAGAAUAUUCAGUUGAACCAUUAUCUUAUAUUAACAAUGUCGAUCAAGUCACUCAAAAACCAUUGCAAGAUGUGAUUUGUAAAGUUUUGGGACGUUUCAUCGAACCCAUCAAGAAUUGGGUGCCAUAUUUGAAGGAUACUUGCCAAGUUAUUAUUAAGGCUGCCACUGUCAUCGUCACUCCCGAACAGCAAUACUAUCCUGGAGGCACCUGGCAUACUGAAGGACUUCAUGAGAAUAUUGUUGCAACUGGAAUUUAUUAUUAUGAAUCUGAAAAUGUGAAAGAGAGUUAUUUGGAAUUUAGAAGCAGUGUUGAUGAUACUGACAUUAGUUAUGAACAGGACAAUGUGAAACAAGCAUUCGACAACAGUGGACUUCAUGAUGGAGAUUUGUUAUUCAACUAUUUGGGCUGUGUGGAAACUAAACAAGAUCGAUGUAUUGUCUUCCCUAAUACCUACCAACAUAGAGUGAAACAUUUCUUCCCAUUGGAUCCAACUAAGGUGGCAAAAAGAAAAAUCCUCGUCUUCUUUGUUGUCGAUCCAGAUAAGAAAAUUAUUUCAACCAGUGAUGUGGACGUUCAGAGAAGAGAUUUCCUUUUCAAUAGAUAUUUAAUCUUGACCAAGUUAUUGCCUGCAGAAGUUGUGUUGAACAAUAUUAUCGGUUUCCUUCCUCAUAUGACCCGUAAGCAAGCAGAAGAGGAACGUUCUGGAUUGAUGAAAGAAAGAAAAUUCCAUGUCCAGCAUGAAAAUGAGGAAACCUUUGAGAGAGAAUUUUCAUUGUGUGAGCAUUAA